UCCGCGUCUCCGCCCCUACGACUCCGCCAAAAACGUGUACACGUCACAGCAAUGACUUCCGGCGGAAGGUAAAGCCGGUUCCGAGUUCUGUCCGAAAGAAUGCAUGGAGUGGAUACACACGGCUGUGUGAAGUUUGUUGAUCUGAGAAAGGCCACUUCUUGUUCCAUGGAUGAUGGCGUUUGAGCAGAUACCAAGAAAGGAUUGGUACAGCGUUCUGGGAGCAGACCCAUCUGCAAGUGUGUCAGACUUAAAAGAAAAGUAUCAAAAACUCAUUUUAAUGUACCAUCCAGACAAACAAAGUGCAGAUGUGCCAGCAGGAACAGUGGAGGAAUGCAUACAGAAGUUCAUCGAAAUUGAUCAGGCGUGGAAGAUUCUAGGGAAUGAAGAGACAAAAAAAGAGUAUGACCUGCAGCGGCAUGAAGAUGAUCUAAGAAACAUUGGACCAGUAGAUGCGCGAGUAUAUCUUGAAGAAAUGUCCUGGAAUAAAGAUGAUCACUCUUUUUCUCUGAGCUGCCGAUGUGGUGGAAAAUAUAGUAUUUCCAAGAAUGAAGUAGAAGAAGUUGACCUGAUUUCUUGUGAUACAUGCUCACUAAUUGUAGAACUCCUUCAUUAUAGCUGAAGUUACUCACUACUUGGAAUCCUUUAACUGUGUAUUCAGACAUGAUGAGGAGAGUCCAUUCGAGCAAACAUGAAGCUUAAAUGAGUAGAUUCUCUUCAUUGUCAUCUCUGUUACUUGCUGAGAAAAUAUAAGAUUGUUAAGCAGAGGCCACCUCAGAUAAAUAGAAAAUUAGUUGUUUUUAUUUAUAAUUUAUACUUACCUAUUGCUCCCCCAAAAAGGAUUUGAAUUAGAAAUUAAAUUUAGUCAAUUCCUGUCUAAGAACUUUAUUAUUGGUUUGUUUCCUCCUUCGUACAAAAUAAGAAUUUUCUUUUUCCUCCUGUUUAAAUGGGUAACAGUAUCAUCAUAUUUGUUUACUAAAAAAGCAGAUGAUGUUUCUAGUUGCUAAAGUUACAGGCCAUCCUACGUCUAUCUCAAAUUCUAGGGUUAUUAGAAUUAAAUUAGAAUCUUUGUGAAUAACAUAUGAGCCUUGUUCCCCCAUAAUGAAGGCUGAAUAUGGAUAUUCAUGAGGUUAUUUCACAGUUAAUAAAGAAGGCAGAAUGGCAACUAUAGAAAAAAGGAUGGCUUCAGACGCAGAAGGUUCAACUCCAUUCCUGGCCCUAUAUUUUCAAAUGCAUAUGGCUGUACUGAAGGGAAGGAGUCCUGGUGGCAAAACAGUUAAGCACUCGGCUGCUAACUUAAAGGUUGGUGGUUCAAACCCACCCAGUGGCUCUGCGGGAGAAAGACCUGGCGAUCUGCUCCCAUGAAAAUUAUAGCCUGCAAGAACCUAAGGGGUUGCUGUGCAUUGAAAUUGACUUGACAGCACCCAACAGCAACAACAACAUACUGAAGUGUGGAGUAAGCUCUUGAACAUGGCCAUUUUCGAUUUUAGAAUGUAAUUUACGAAAUGGAAGCUUUAAAAAAAAAUCAUAAAAAAUUGGAAAUGGGUACACUAGUUUCCUUUUCAUUUCAGAUUAUUUAGAUUAAUGCCUGUAAUUAUGAAUAACAAAACCAUUGCACUGCUUGUAUAAUGAAAUGGUCUUUUUUAUAUUUUUUAUUACAGCUGACUGUAGAUGUCAUAACCCUUAAAUAUUUAUUUUUCUACAUAUAUAACAUUCUGUGUAAAAUAUAAGUCAGCAUUUAAAGAACCUUAAGGAAUCCUUUACAGGAUCACUGAAAAAUUUUAAUUUAACUUCAUAUGAGUCAGCCAAGCGUAUGACAUAGAAGCUUUUUAGGUGAAAACUCUUGGUGUUGUCAGGUUGGACUUCUAAAUAAGAGUAGUUAACUACUCUCAGUCACAAAUGUAACUGAAGUAUAAGGCAUGUUCACGAAGAGUAGAUUACUUUCAUUAUACCAGUAACACCAAAAAUCCCAAAAGUGAGGUAGUCUUCUAGGUUUUUCCCCUAAAAAUAUUUUUACAUCUGUCAUAAAAUUUAGAUGACUUAUUUUGGUUUAUAUUUUUAUCUAUCCAUAUACUUUGCAAGCUAUAUUUAACAUAGCUUGCAGAGUGUGUGCCGCUUAUUCCUUACACUUAACAAAAAUAGCUAAAACUGAAUAGCAAAUAGUUUAUUGGUGAAUACAUGGUUUCAGUGACAAUAAUUCACUUAAACAGGAGAUAGUAAGUCAAAAGAAUAAAUGCUUGCUAAUCAUCAGAAAAUCUGUGGCCAUUGGGGUUGUCACGUAGGAAUCCAAAAUCACUCAAAGGCCAAAUCUGUAAAAUAAAAAUGUGGUUGAAGACAGUUAAUGAAAGUGAUAUUAUAUUAUCAUCAUAAUCCUUUUUUUCCAUAUAUCUCUUUUCUCUAUGCCAGAUAAUUAUAUGCUUUCUCUUUACUCUUCAGUCAAGAACAAUUUUUUCUGCAUUAUAAUAAGACUUUAGAAAAUAAGCUUGUAGGUAUGUAUGUAUUUAAACUCUGAAGUUUGGGCCAUUCAAACAAUAUACAAAAAAUUAUGUAUUGUGUGAAUAUAUAUGUGGGUAUAUAAUUGUGUAUGUAUGCUUGCUUUUACUACCCCAAAUAAGAGUUAACUGUAAACCUUCAACUUAAAAUGUUUAGGAUUUGGGUACUUCAAUAUGACAUCUGUUUAAAUGUAAAGAAUCCUGUAAAUUAUCCAACAACCCCAAAUAUUCAUGUGUGUUUUUCCCUUACUGCUGUGACAAAAAGGAGGAGCUAAUGAAAACCACCUUUUCCAAGACUCAAACAUUUACUAUAACCACAAUUAAGUCCUGUACUCACUUUACUGAGGUAUCCUAGUAUGGGGUUGUUGGACUCUAGACUGGCUCGACUGCAAACAAAUAUACCCACUCUUCACUUAUCGACUGUCUCUGCAAAUGAAUAUACCCACUCCUCACUUAACCGUCUGAUUAUCUGACAUUUUGCAUUUACAACAAUAGUAAACAAUCUACUCUCUAUUUUGCACGUUAACGACAUACAUCUGGCAGUAACGAAUGCCGAGGUGAGAGGUGAGAGUAACACUGGCUGUGAUGGGUAUGUGUCAACUUGGCUGGGUGGGCCAUGAUUCUCAGUGGUUUGGCAGUUAUGUAAUGAUGUAGUCAUCCUCCAUUUUGUGAUCUCAUGUGAGCAGCCAAUCAGUGGAAAAGGGUGUUUCCUUGGGGGUUUGGCUUGCUUCCAAGAGAAAUGAUGUUUCAGCAAGGCUCACUCUCACUCUGGAUGCUGCAUCCGACUCAUCAUUAUCUGACCUUCGGUUUUUGGGACAUGAGCAAGUAGCCUGCUGCCUGACCUGUAGAUUUGCGAUCUGCCAGCUCCGGUGGCCCUGUGAGCCAGCAGCCUGCCAUCUGACCUGCGAGUUUUCACAUAAUGACCUGGUCUUUGAAACCUAACCAUGUCAGUAAGUGAGGAGUGAGUGUAUUUAAUAUAUGUGCUCAGGCUAUAUAUUGUUGUAGAAGUUGUACAAGAGAAAAGUAGAUUUUUGGAGAUUGCAGGUGUUCAGUCAGCUAUAACUAAAGUUGUUUGAAAUUUAUUAUUCAAACAAAAAUUACUCUGGGGAUUCUUAAUUACCUCUAUCUAUAGGGAGGGGGACAGUACUGUUUUAUAUACAGCUAUGAAAUAAUUACCAGCAUGUUCAUAAAAUGUAUUCAUUGCAACAGUUAAGUCCAAUGACAGCCCUUAGAUUUCAAAGUUCAUGCUGAAAGCAACUUUUUUUCCUACUUAGAGAAGAAAGCCUCCAUCUUAAACAGAAAACACUACCUUAAAGAAGAUACGUCCUCUUAUUAAUCCAUAUGGAAUAGGUCCAUAGUACCUGGAAUCUGUAGAAUUCUGUAGAUUAUCACCUUCUAACCAAACAUGACCCAUUGGCACCUAGAAUUAGAGAAGAAAAGCAGCCCCUUUAAAAAAGAAAAAAACUAAUUUGGGCACUACAAAUAAAAAACAUGCGUUUUGGUGAUGAGGAAAAUGUCCUAAAAGUUCUUUUAUAAAAUACAUACAAAUCCUACUAUUUACAUUUUUGCUUUUAUUUCUUGCACAACAAAAUGAUAAUUUUUAGUCAAUAUCAAACGUUUCAACUUUUUUAAGUCUUACCUUUUUUUGUAACAUGGUUCCCAAACAAUUUGUUACACAAACCCCAAACAGAGGUUAUGAGAGAUCAAAAUAGUGUGACAGGGUCAUUAAUUUAAUAGACUUCAAAGGAGGUCAUUAGGAUGCUGACUGAAAAUGUGCCCUCCUGUCUCAGUAACAGCAUAAACAGGGCAGCCACUCACUCUGCAAAAUCCUGGGGCCAGUACCAAGGCCAGACUUAUUAGAAUGCUCAUGAUGAACUACAUGGUAAUUGAUUGUGACAUCAAUUACAAAUAAUCUCAUCAUUUUAUUAGAGUGGGCUUGUCAGAAUUCUAAUUAAGAUCCCUGUUCUGCCUUUGUACAGGCCAUAUCUUCAAUGCAUUAUACUUCAAUAAUGACCAUCAAGAACUAGGAAGGCAUUAAAAAAUCAUCAGUUUUAAAAUUAAUGAUGACCUUUUACUGAAUGAAAAGACUCUAUCUCCUAUAUGUCCUAUAUAUUAACUGGUUAUCAUAACUUUAAAAUUUUACUCUAUCACAAUGAUAAACAUACUUAGAACACAACACAUUACUUUAAAAAAAGCCUUCUGCAGUAUGAAACAUUUGCCCAUUAAUAUCUAUUGACUGUAAUCUUAAAAAAUUAUUGUUUAGCAACAAUUUUUAAAAUUGCUUUUUAAAGUCUGUACAGUUUUGUUACCUAAGAAAGUUGAAUUAUUGACCAGACUGAAG